AUUAUUCUUAAUUUUGCAAAGUCAUUUCCCAAUAAAAGUCUCAAACAUAUUUCCUUUUGUCUCUAAUAUUUCAAUAUUCAACACAUUGUCCCAAAGAAGAGACAAGAUGGAUUUCACAACCAAAACCAUUUUCUUCAUAACCCUUUCCUCACUCCUCUUUGUUGGCAAUGCCAUUCCCUCAUCUCGUGAUAUCCAUGUAGUUCGUCACAAUCUUCAAUCUAAUCUCUUAGAGUUUUGCAAAAAAACCACCAACCCUACCCUUUGUCAACAAACCAUUCAACCAUCUUACACCAACAAUGUAUUUGAUCCCUAUAAGGCACUUGGGGUUGAAAUUGAAGCCACUCUCAACCAAACCAAAAAAAUAAUUGGUAUAAUUAGUGAGUUGCGUGAGAAACAAGAAACCUCAAAAUCAUUGAAAGAUUCUCUUGACAUAUGCAAGGAUCAAUACAAUAGCAUAUUGGGUUCUAUUAAAGAAACCAAAGAUGCAAUUGCUAAUCGUGAUGUGAGAACAAUCAAGUUUAAAUUCAGUGCUGUUUUGUCUUACCAAGCAUCUUGCAAGGACGCAUUUGAAGGAAUGGAGAAAGAAUUUGCAUUUGCUAAAGAUUCUGAUGUUGAGUAUCAAUUGGGAGGAAAUUGCUUAGACAUUAUUGCUGAUUUGGAAAAAUCUGAACCUAAAAAUGAAGAUCCAUUACCACAAUCACCUCCUUCUGCAUCUAGUAACGUAAUUGGAACCAUAUCAUAAUUUUUUUAGUAAAUGCAAAUACACUAUUAAUGUUAUAUAUAUAUACAUUUCAUCAUUUUUAUGUCUCCUUGCAAUGAAAACAAAUUUUUAAAUUGUUUUAUUUUGUGGGGAGACAAAAAAAUAUGAAUAAUUAGAUUUUUAUGUAUAAUUUAUUUUUUUAUUUAUAAUCAUAGUGUUAGUUAUACGACUUGAUCAUUUGUUUCUUUGGUAAAACCAAAGUUAAAAAGAACAUAUUAAAUUUGCUCUCAAGUUUUCUACUUAGAAAUGGAAAUUCUUGAAUUUAAAUUUGUCAUUCAAGUGUUUUGAUUUCGAGCAGAACCUAUGAUCGAGCAAAUCCUGUUGAAGUAUAUAUAGUAUGUUUUAAAUUGUACACUACAUGUAAUAUAGGUUUUAUAUGUAUAAUAUCAAUGUGAUAUGAUUAUAUAA